CCGGAAGCGCUUCCGCGGCUCCCGGCGGGCCCCGCGCGGCGGAGGCGGGGCCGGGCCGGGGUGUUGGAGGGUCUGCCCUGAGGACCGUCCUGGGCCGCUCGCAGGGGCCGCGCCCGGCGGUGCGGGGGCUCGGGCCGCUCGGCCCCGAUGGCGCAGGCGGCGCUGGGCUCGGCGGGGCUGCACUUCGACGAGCUGAACAAGCUGCGGGUGCUGGAGCCCGAGGUGGCGGCGCAGACGGCGCAGCUCCGCGAGGAGUGUCGGGCCUUCGUGGACAAAACAGCAGAAUUUCAGAAAAUAGUGGGCAGCUUGAUCGAGCUCGUUGACCAACUGGCCAAAGCUGCAGAAAGUGAGAAGAUGAAGGCCAUCGGGGCACGGAACCUGCUGAAGUCGAUCGCAAAGCAGAGAGAGGCUCAGGAGCAGCAGCUCCAGGCUUUGAUAGCCGAGAAAAAGAUGCAGCUGGAAAGGUACCGGAUCGAGUACGAGACUCUUUGCAAAAUCGAAGCGGACCAGAAUGAAUUCAUUGACCAGUUCAUUUUCCAGAAAUAGAGGAUUUUAAGAUAAAAACCAGCUCACUUGGAAACUUGACCAUUCCAGAAUCUUGAGAAUUUCAGAAAUAUGCAAUUUCCACUGUGCAGGAGUGCAGAUGGUUUGUGCAAUGGAGGGGCUUCACCUUGGUGUGAAUGCCCCAGCCGUGGCAAUAAGGAGGGCUGGCAGCUCACAGCUGCACACACUGCUCUGGCCUUUGAUUUUAUACCAGUUUUGUACAGUCAGUAGUUCUAAUUCAAAUUACAGUUGAAUUAAUGCUACUGGUGCUCUGUUGUGUCUCUUUUUGAACUUUACAGCUCUUUCAAAGAAAUUGGGAAAUAAAUUAUUGUUCUCAGACUUUCUGGCUGUACCA